GAGGUCCAGGGGAAGGCGGGACGGUGUGAACCCAUGGACCAAUCAGCAGCUGAAGGAAGUGGUGCUGGGUGGCACGUGGCGCCUGGUGACCGGAGCGGCGGCAGACUCCAAGAAGAUCCCUCUCCCCAUUGAUUUACAAGUAAAGGAUGCCAGGGGCAGCUGAUACAAUUAUCCCAGUCCCAGAAGGCUCAGCCUCUGGGCUUCUGUUCCGUGGGAUCUCCAGCACGACUCGUCCCCUCCGCCAGAGCCCCGAAUGUCGGACCGUCAGGCGGAAGAAGAAACUGAGCAGGAAGUACCAGCGCUUUUUGGAAAGGAAGGCGCUCCUGGAACGGAGGGGGCUACUGAAGCGGCGGCGGGUCAAAGAGAAGGAAGGCCCCCGAGACCAUCCGCAGUGCUCAGGUGGCUGCUCCUUCCGGCAGGAGAGCACCAAGCAGCCGAGCGGUUCCUGUGUGAAUGGUAAUUUCUCCAUUUUAUCUGGUGCCUUGCAAACCCUGCCCAAAACUGAAAGCAUCAAACUGCUAAAGUCCAGGAAGAGCGGCCCCCCGGUACGCAGGGCAACCCCGCUCACCCCCGAGGGCCUUGACAGACCGCCACCCGCUGCAGUUCCUCGCAGGGCGAGGUUGGGGGGCUUCUGCUGUAGUGCCACCAAGUGUGUGGCGAUCGACUGCGAGAUGGUGGGCACAGGAGCCUGUGGGUGGCUGGGCGAAGUGGCCAGGUGCAGCAUCGUCGACUAUCAGGGCGGUGUCAUCUACGAUAAGUACGUGAAGCCGGAAGGUCCCAUCACCGACUACAGGACGCGGUGGAGCGGCAUCCGCAAGCAGCACAUGGCCAGUGCAAUCGAGUUUAAUGUUGCACAGAGGGAGAUCAUGAAGAUCCUAAAGGGUAAAAUUGUGAUUGGCCACGCGUUGCACAAUGACUUUAAAGCUCUGAAGUAUUUUCAUCCGAGAUCUCUAACAAGAGAUACAAGUAAGAUGCCUCUCUUGAAGAAGGUGGCUGGGUUUCCAGAAAGAGAGUCUGUGUCCCUGAAGAACCUUGCAAAGCAGCUUCUGCACAAAUCCAUACAAGUUGGCAGGGACGGCCACUGUUCUGUUGAGGAUGCCUGCACUGCGAUGCAAUUGUACCAGCUCGUGGAGGUUCACUGGGAACAGAAGCUGCACAGUGAGUUGUCGACAGAACAUGAUCACACAACGUCUGACGCAGGCUCUGAAAUCAGUCACUACAUGGACGACCGCUACUGGCCCGCUGAAUUACAAGAGUGCAGUAAAUAAAUGGGGACAGUUUUCUUCAGGAUGAAGAAUCACCAGUGGCGACUAACGUUAAUGCUGCCGAUGAACUACAGCAAUCCAAACUCAAGCUUACUUGUCUGUUGGAGGAGGACAACUCUGGUUCACUUGUUCUCAUGCCUCACUUUACCCUGGCCAGCAAAUCAGUGCUUGGAGCCUCUCACCAUUGGAACUGGUCUGUCAGGAUCCAAGCAGGGUCUGUCAGGAUCCAAGCAGGGUCAGGGCUGAGAUCCACUAACUCAGCCCAGGGUGAACAGGGAGCCUUCCUGGACACAAGCUUGCUACAAUACCAAGUCAAUUAGCUUGUCACUGAGGAAUCUGGAGCAAGUUACCAGGGAUGUUGUUUGGUGCACUGGGUUCAUCCUGACGUUUGGGUGAAAUUCAACCCCAGUGCAAUGACAAUCCAGUGGACUGGAGCCUAGCGUAGAAGAUGAUUACAGGAUGGAUUUGGUGUGAUGGAUAAACGUGUAUUGUUCUGUGGUUGGGGCUGAGGCAAAUAGCCCGAGCACAGGAGCAGGAAUUGCACUCUGUACCCUCCUGUUUUUUCUUUUGAUGUUCAUCUUGAACAUUUCUUCACCCAGCUCCCACCUGCAGAUGACAGCUGUGGCUGGGGUACUGAUGCCAAUUGUCCCCAGCUCCCAAAUCCUGAGUCUAGAGAGCAUCAGGCUGUUCAGCCCAGGAGUUGACCCUCAUUCUGUGUGUCCUCAUUCCAGCUCUCUGUCUAGUUCUGAGGAACUGAGUUCGAUGUCCAAACUGGCACCCUGUCUGGAAUGGGUUCAGAGAUUGAUGUGGAGUGGGUCUUGUAACUCUCCUGUUCUGUGAAUCCAUCAUCUGAAUGGUGCAUCAUGGUUCAUCUUCACUUGGCAGACUGCCACGUUUCUCAUCCCUCUCCCCCUUCCUUUGGUACCUUGCAGAUACACGAAAGCAAGGAGAGAACGUGGAAUCUGUUAGUGUGACUGCUUGUUGAAAACGGAUCAGCUCAAAAGACAGAUUGUAUCAGCGGGUAACUGGAGAACUCGAGUGGGGAGUUUAUAGGCUGAGCUACUUCUGGCUUCUCACCUGCCACCAGCAGCACAGCGACACAGCUAGUAGAGCUGCUCCCUCACUGCUCCAGCGACCUGGAUUCAUUGCUGACCUCUGGUGCUGUCUGUGUGGAGUUUGCUCGUUCUCCCUCUGACUCUAUGGAUGCCCUCACACAUCCCAAAGACAUGCAAGUUGGUAGAUCAAUUGGCCAGUGUGUAGGUGAGUGACAGAAUUUGGAGAGAGCUGUUGGGAAUGCAGGAAGAAUAAAACAAAAAUGGGAUUAGUAUAGGGUUAGUGUUAAUGGGUGAUUGGUAGUUAGCGUGGACUCUGGGUGAAGGACCCGUUUCCAUGCCUUGUGACUCUCCGUCACUCUGACAUCAAGGGUUUGUGGUAUCAUUCCCCCAUUGAUGAUGUCACAUGAGGGAGGAGUUCUCUUCAAAAUGUCUGCUUCAAGCUUGUCUCCUACCUGCAUGAUCACAAGUAACAGCGUAAUUUGGCAAAAGCAGUGAGUUUACAGCCCCAUUCUGCUUCUGUAAAUGUCAGUUUGUUGCAAGAAUUUAGGAACUGCAUUCUGUUGCUAAUGGUUUGGGGAUGGAGGGUUGGACUUUGCCUGCAUUCUGUUGUUGGACUUUGCCACCAUCCCACAGACAAACAGGAAUUUCUGCCCCCAGGGGAAAAGCAGCUUAGCCCAUUAAUGCCCACUGAACAACUCCCCUUUCCUAUUCAUCUAAAUUGUCUUUUGAACCUCCCAGCCCCCUUCAACAAUCAUUCAUGUUAAUGGAUUCUGUGUUCUUGCCUUUGUAUAUCUGUGGAGUACCAAAGGCUGCAAGGUUAGGUGGUCACACUGCAGUUCUACUUAAGAAAUUGUACUGCAGUGUGUAUCAUUGCUCUAUCCUUCACACAAGGUGUCAGUCUGGGACUCUGCUGUGCUGUCAGAUUAACACACAAUAUUCCUUGCCAAUUUUCAAUGGAAAAACAGUGGCAUUCUUCCCAAUAUCCGGGCCACACUUCUGUACCAAUCUGGUCAUUUUGAUUUGUGGGACAGUGACGGUACUUCCUUGGCCUGUCAUCACAUUUGGAAAUCAGCUCAUGGAGAAAUGGACCCUCCCAGUUUACUGUUUAAUGUUGUGUUUGUGAGCCAGUGAUAUCAAUUGCAGUGCUUUUUACUUCCUCAUCCCUCAAAUGGAUUGUGGGUUUACAAAGCCAAUGGAAUUGGUUUAGAACAAGGGGCUGUAAUUUCAAGCAACUUCUGUGAGUAGGUUCAUCAUCACGGUUUCCAGACACAUUUGGGUGGUACUGUUGUGUGGCCUCGUAUAUUUUAAUGGUUACAAAUUUGCCCUCAGGUUGUGCUUUGCUUAAUCAGCGCUGUACAGAUUUACUCAAUGUCAGUGUGUACUGAACCAAGCUGACCUGGAGGGUCUCAAGAUUCAAAUCCACUCUCUCCUAUCGCCAGCUGCUGGUGACAACUCGGAAUGCUGCCUUUGGCUAUGGCUGCGUUUGUCUGGGGAGGACAAAGAUCAGCCAAUGUUCCUACUCCUACGUUGUUUUGACACUUCUUGAUACAGGUUUACAGCGGGCAGGGAACUGUUGUUUCUUGAAGAGUCUCUGCCAGUUUGUGUCCUUGCAUCCACUGUGCCUUCAGGAGGGGAGGUGAUUUGUAUUUCAGGAUACCUGUGCAACCAUUUAUGGUUGCUUUCCCCAAAUUGAAAAUGAAAUGGAUACCAUGAUGAAGGUGAUUACUUCUAAUACUCAACCCAAGUCUUUUUGAAGCUUUGGUCGUUCUUGGUAAAGAGGGAAUUCCUGACCAGUUCUGUAACUGUCCACUACACUCAACCUCUGUUCUGUCACAUUUUCCCAUGUAUUUAAAAGUUGUCAAAUUGGAUAAAGUCACCACAUGGCUCUUUGACAAUAAAUUAUUUUCAAAUG